AUGCUGGAGUCAGUAACUCAGAGCACAUUUCUGUCCAACACGAUGGUUUGUGAUCCCCUGAUGUCUUGGUCUGAGUUAUUUGGGACAACUGAAGAUGACUACACCACCUGUGAUCAUCAGAAAGCCUAUUCUUCUCCCUGGACAUCCAUCCAGCCCGAACACUGGAGUAAGCAGGAGGUCUGUGAAUGGCUGCAGUUCUGCUGUGACCAGUACCAACUCGAUGCCAGCUGCAUUUCCUUUGCCCACUUCAAUAUCAAUGGCUUGCAGUUAUGCAGCAUGAGCCAGGAAGAGUUCCUAGAUGCUGCAGGCACUUGUGGUGAAGACUUGUAUUGCAUUUUACAGAACAUCAGGAUGCACGGCAUUUCCUUCUUUGCUGAUGCAGAAGAAGCAAAGCCACCCUGCAAGGACU